CCGGCUGCAGUCUCCGAGGGUUCCUGGUAACGAACAAUGCGAUGGAAACAGGGGAAUCGAUUGCCAGUGCGAGGGAGGGAUGCGAGAUAGUCGGGGUAGCGGGUGGUAAAGGUUCGGAAGAGCGCCGCGCGAAAACGAUCGCGAUCUUCGCAUGCGGGGAUGGUCCCCGUUAUUAUGCAAUAAACCUCAAUCAUAUUGUGGCCUCGCCACGCGGCACUGAGAAGCAAGACAUGGAGGCAAAAGGCCGGGACGACGCAUCGGAGGGAGAGAUGGGGAUGCACUACGACAGCAAGGCGAGCGGCGUAAAAGUGGCGGAAGGUACUGCGGGGGAACGGAUUGGAGGGGAACGUGACGGGGGUGUUGCUUCAACCUCGGGAGCUUCUUCCUCCUCCGACGCUGCUGAUGUGGUCGAUCCACUCGAGUACCUUCAUCUCGCCGGAAUGGUCGGAGCGAUCCGAUCGGCCCAUGAUGAUCUUGAAUGGGUCGAUCGCGAAUCCAAUCCCGGUCCACAGUUUCGGACGGGAGAAAUUGAUGUAUUACGAGCGCUUAGGCAGCUGUAUAUCCGUGUUCCGAUCUCGGUGGGGCAUUUGCUCACCAUCUCCGAAGCUGCAAACGAUAAACUCCUGCAACAUUGCCAGAAAAAUCAAAAGCGCUUCACUUACCAGCGAUUACAGCGAAUGUUGAAGAAGACGGAAGGAGGUGAGGAGGUUGCACCACCUGAACCUGAAACAGGUGAACCCGUAGCAGCACGAGUAGCCGCGAUUUCGUUGGCAGAGAAGGAUCACUUUGUACGAGCUCGACCAGUGUUGUGGAAAAGCGAUGAGUGUGAUUGUGAAGUUUGGGGCAAACCGUUUAACGCCCUUAUCGAUACUGGGUCUUCUGCAGUGGCCAUAUCCUUAGACACACCAGAGGCAAUUUCGGCGAUCUUAGCCCAGGUGGGACCAAGCGGACUUGAGAACGUGGUGGAGUAUGCGUCCAAAUCGGUGCCCGCCUGCAAGCGUAACUACGCCGCUCCAACAGGAGUAUGCUACGCGGCCCUCUGGGGAAUCAGUCACUUUCGAGCUUACUUGUACGGGCAGAAGUUCACACUGGUAACCGAUCAUGAGCCUCUGCUAGCCCUGAAGAAAUCUAAGGAUUACUCGGGCAUGAUCGGGCGAUGGGCAACGGUGCUGCACAGCAUGAACUUUGACAUUCGUCACCGGAAACACGAAAGGCACGGGAAUGCGGACAGAUUGACACGACUGCACCGACCUGAGAAGGUUCCGAAGAAUGAGGAGGUGAUUCCGUGGAACGAACCGAAGAAGGAGAACGGACCUCGGUACGGCCAAGUGGAGAUCCUGUCAAAGGAGGAGUCGGCAGGCAAUAGUAUUGGCGGAGGUGGUAGCAGUAUAUCGGCGAGCGGCUCCCCAAACGAGCCACGUCACCACAGUCGCGGCUUUCAGCGGCGAUAUCAGUACGGUCAAUCCACUAUGGCAUACCGCGAUCUUGACCUCGCUGCGAGAGUGGACGGAGCAGGUGUCCAACGUGUGGCAGCACGGUCUUGCCCGACCAGGGCACAUCUCAUCCCGACCUUUGCACCUGAUCUUGACGGGGUGACGUGGACGCGGACCAGCGACCAUCCCGCGUAUUUCGAAAGUCUGGAAUUACUGAUCAUACAAGCUUGGAGGACUAACGCGGAGGGUGAUCUCCUCGGUUUUCUCUUCGGAUCGGUGCGGCCGGGUCAUCUCCAGCUAAUCACUCAAGAACUCAUAGCGCCGAUCGUGCAACUGGCGGACGAUCUCACUCUUGACAUCGUUUCGCAAAGCGACGACAGCCCCGCUCCGCACGUACUCACGCGAACGUUGGAUCCGUAUCUUCAGUGGAGUGCAUGCUUGGAAGAGCCUGGUGACGAAGACUCUUUACCGUCGCGGCAGGAGUAUCUGAAGCCAUACGGCAUCAUCGAUCACGCUUUCUAUCCGAAGGCAAAGGAGGUGGUGAUAGAAGGGGAGGAAAGUGACGACGAUGAGGAAACAUCGGAAGAGGGAAGCUAUAGCGAGUAUAGCAAGGGCAAGCAGAGUGAAGAAGAAGAAGAAGAAGAAGAAGAAGAAGAAGAAGAAGAAAAGGAAGAAGAAACCGGGUCUGAGUGCGAAGCCUCGCCGGAGGAAGCGACGCGUACUGGCACGGAGGCAGAAGAUCCUGAGCCAGCAUGCAAGCGGGAAGAAAUUGCCACUGGAAAACGCCAGCUGGAGUUCGCCAGCGGAGCAAGCCUGCGCAUCGGUGACGAUCCAAUCAGAAAUCUGGAGCCGCCGAAGCCCGAAGAUGGCGACCCAGCAGCCGCCACCCCAAGCACCUCACGGCGGAGACGGAGCCGAUCCUCCUCCCCCUCCAGCCCCAUCCGUCCCCCAGUUCGUCCACGUACCGAUGCAGGGGAUAGGCCUUCGUCCCUGGACGUUAUCCCGCCGUCCCCUUGAUUACCUCACCCUUAAGCAGAUCCACACCCCCGUCACCUUCCCCCGCCACCCCUUCCAUCCCCAUCUCUUCCGUGAUUUCUACUCUACGCGCCUAAUCG